CCUUAUUAUAAAAGUAAACACAUUUUUGGUCUUGAGUUUUAGUAAUGAAGAUCGUUAUUGGCGUAAAGUUUCUUCAAGCCAAACACGUUAUGGUCACAUAUAUUUUGGUAUACUUAAACGUAAUUGUUGUGUGCGGGAAACAAUAACUAGAACACCACUCCUAUUUACGCGACGGAGUAGAAAUCGGACCCCAACGAUUUGGGAACCCGUUUGCCACUGAUUUGCCAUGGAUUCUAAAAAGCAACAUAGGUCUGGCUCUAGUAGUCGGAACCGGGACCGAAACAGGUCCAAAAUAAGCAGAUCAAGGUCGCCAAAAGAAAAGAGAGGCCGGAGUCGGACCGAUGAUCGGAACAAAUAUUCUCGCAAAAAUGUGCGUUCUGAGAGCGACAGCUCGGACAGCAGUUGUGGAUAUGCGAGGCAACAACGGCCUCAUAGCAAUGAUCACUCCGACUCAAGAAGUGACUCAGACAGGGAUAGAAGACGUAAAAUGAAGAGCAAAUCAAAAGACAAAUCCAGCUCUGACUCAGAUGAUCCAAAGAGGAGGAAGAAAAGAGAGAAAAAGAAGCGAAGAAGAGAAGACAAAGGAGACAUGAGACGGGGCAGAAGCCGGUCCCAGUCUGACUCAGGGUCCAGUGCAGAGCGGAAUAGAGGUAGGGAUGUAGGAAGCACGUACAGAGAGAGGAGGUGGCGGAGGAGUGCAGACAGAGGGAGCAGAAGCCCCAGCAUAGACAGGGAACGACAGAUGAGGGAGAAAGUGAAGGACAGGAGCAGAGAGAGAAGUCGUGACCGAGAGAGAAGCAGACAGAAGAGUGAAGACAGAGGGAGGAAGGAGAGAAGCAGUGGGAGAGACCAAAGGGACAGAGAGGGGAAGAAACAUCGUUCUGGCUCCUCAGACUCGUCCGAAAGUUCUGGGUCGGACCACGGGGCCCGCGGAGGCUCCCCGGCAUCUGGAGGGGCUGGGCACUCUGCCCGAGAAGAAAAGAAAAAACAGAGAGAUCUGCUGAAGGCCCUGGAGACCCCAGAAGAGAAGAGAGCUAGGCGACUAGCCAAGAAGGAGGCCAAGGAGAGAAAGAAGAGGGAGAAGAUGGGUUGGAGUGAAGAGUAUAUGGGCUACACCAAUGCAGAUAACCCCUUUGGAGAUAACAACUUGCUUGGCACCUUCAAAUGGCAAAAAGCUUUGGACAAGAAGGGUAUUGGUCACCUAGGUGAGAAGGAUCUGAAGGACAGAAACAAACGCAUCCAGGAGGAGAAUCGCAGAGAGCUGCAGAAGGUGAAGCAGCUGCGUCUGGAGAGGGAGAGAGAGAAGGCCAUGAGAGAAACUGAGCUGGAGAUGCUGCAGAGAGAGAAGGAGGCGGAGCAUUUUAAAACCUGGGCGGAGCAAGAGGACAACUUCCACCUGCAUCAGGCCAAGCUACGGUCUAAGAUCCGUAUCCGUGAUGGCCGUGCCAAGCCAAUAGACCUGUUGGCUAAGUACAUCAGUGCUGAGGAUGAUGACCUGGCUGUGGAGAUGCACGAACCUUACACCUUCCUCAAUGGACUCACUGUCACUGACAUGGAUGACCUGCUUGAAGACAUUAAGGUGUACAUGGAGUUGGAGCAGGGGAAAAACGUGGACUUUUGGAGGGACAUGACCAUCAUAACAGAGGAUGAGAUCAGCAAGCUGCGGAAGCUGGAGGCCUCUGGAAAAGGCCCAGGUGACCGGCGUGAUGGCAUUAACACGUCAGUGAGCACCGAUGUUCAGAUAGUGUUCAAGGGAAAGACGUACAGCCAGCUCCAGGCGCUGAACCUCAACAUUGAGACCAAGAUCCGCGCUGGCGGAUCCAAUCUGGACAUAGGCUACUGGGAGAGCCUGCUGCAACAAGUCAGGGUGUACAUGGCCCGAGCACGGCUGAGAGAGAGGCACCAAGAUGUGUUGCGUCAGAAGCUGUUCAAGCUGAAACAGGAGCAGGGCGUGGAGAGUGAGCCUCUCUUCCCGAUCAUCAAGGAGGAACCCGAGGAGGAGGCUGUAACGGAGCAAGGGGAAGAUGCUACCUCGGAGAAGCCUGGCCCCUCCUCUCCUUCCACCAAUCAGGAGAGAGAAACCGGGGAGAACGAUGACCAAGUGGCGGGCCCAUCCACGGAGGGGGAGGGGGAGAAGGAGGGAGAUGGGGAGGUGGUGGAGGCUGUACUGACUGAGGAGGAUUUGAUCCAGCAGAGCCAGUCGGAGUAUGACUCAGGCCGUUACAGUCCCACACUGCUUCUGCCUGGGGAGCUGCCGCUGGACACGCACACCAUCACGGCUGAAGAGGACGCACAGAAACUACACGUCUCACGCCGACAGCUCGCCGUCACAGGUGAUGCAAAUGAGAACGCGGAGGAUGAGUUUGUGCGUCGCGCCAAACAGGGCAUGGGCGGAGACGAGGCUCAGUUCAGUGUUGAGCUCCCCCUCACGGGGAAGAUGUAUCUGUGGGCUGAUAAAUACCGUCCCCGGAAACCACGUUUCUUCAACAGGGUCCACACAGGCUUUGAGUGGAACAAAUAUAACCAGACCCAUUAUGACUUUGACAACCCUCCACCAAAGAUUGUCCAAGGCUACAAGUUCAACAUCUUCUACCCAGACUUGAUCAACAAACGUUCCACACCGCAGUACUUCCUUGAACCCAGUCCAGACAACAAGGACUUUGGGGUUCUUCGGUUCCACGCGGGCCCACCUUAUGAGGACAUUGCAUUUAAGAUUGUGAACCGUGAAUGGGAGUACUCUCACCGCCAUGGUUUUCGCUGUCAGUUUGCCAAUGGGAUUUUUCAGCUGUGGUUCCACUUUAAGAGGUACCGCUACAGGAGAUAGAAACCACAGGGUUUGGAACUCCAACUGACCAACAGCCCUGACCUCACACUGCCAGCUUCUAAACAGAUACUUUGGGAUUUUGGCAAUAAGGCCCUAAAUCUACUUCCACAGAUAUCAAUACAGUUUCUAUAUAUCGGGGUGCAGUAAGAUUUAAAACUAGUGCAAGUGCAGUUGCUGACAUUAGUGUAAUGACCUGAAGUCUGUUGUAUCCACUAGCAGAAACCAUAGAUGUCCAGUCAUUAUAUUUGCGCUAGACAGCAUUGGCUUGUGAAAUUACCGCUAAGUUGAUAUUUGACGCACAUAAAUAUAAUUGGUUCCCACAAGUUCAUCUGACUCUGGGGAAGUAGAUUAACAGCAUCAAUACCAAAAUCAGAAAGUAUGUUUUUAUCUGUAGAUCCGGAAUCAGUUAGUAAUAUGUAUUCUGACUUAAUGUUUUUGUUAUUUACACACAUUAAAUCUGAAUUUCUGAUUCUUAGUGUAAACAUUCUCAUUCUUAUUAAUAUGACAGCCUGACCGUUCUGUUGUGUUGCAAAGAAUUGUUUAUAUUUUAGUGUGAUCAGAUGAACCAAUGGACCUGUCUCUGAAGUUACAUAUUAAAGAUUCCUUCCUA